GCUGGGAAAGGGCGGUGUCCCUCGGCCGCGGGUCCAGCCGCCCCGGCGUCGCCGCUCUCCGCGGCGUGGCCGGACGGGCCCGCUGCGGUGUCGCCGGGGAGGGUCGGGAUCGGCCGCGCGUGUCUCGCCUGUGAGGGGGCUGAGGAGGCGCCGGGGCGCACGGGGGCCGGCGGGCCCGGGGCGCGGUGGCUGGAGCGCUGAGCGCUGCCGAGGAGGCGGGCUGAGCAUCCCCCCCGUGCAAUUGUCCCUCCUGUUUUAAAUCGGUAUACUGAAGCAUGUUUUUACCACGAUCUAUUAAAGUCAAGAGGGCUGCUGAUGAGGACAAAAGUUGUACAGCUAAGAAAAGUAAACUGUCUUCUGCAGGAUCUUUGCUAGAGGAGACCCCAGAGUUCCAGGAGUGUAAGUCAGUUGGAACAGAAACUUCUGCUUCAACAGACAAUUCGAGUGAAAUUGUACAAGAACACACAGAACCUGCAGCUGCAGACCUUGGAGUUGCUCAUGUACCAUUGGGAAAGGACAACCAAAAUAGCGAGGAUGAUGGCUCUUUGGAAGAACCCAUCAAAUCCUUCAGCAAAUCCCAGCGGUGGGCAGAGCCUGGAGAGCCUGUGUGUGUUGUGUGCGGCCGCUACGGGGAGUACAUCUGUGAUCAAACCGAUGAGGAUGUUUGUAGUUUGGAGUGUAAAGCCAAACACCUUUUACAAACCCAAGCAAAGGAAAAGCAGCUAACAUCUGACCAACCCUCAGAUUCUCAAGCAGAAGGUCACCUGCUUGAUGCACCUUAUUUCUACAAAGAUCAUCCCUUUAUUUUAGGCUUGCAAGAUGAGCAGGUUGAGAACCUUAAACUCCAACUGGGGAUUGCUGUCCAGGGCCAGCAAGUUCCAAGACCUAUUGUAGAGUUUGAACACUGUGGUUUUCCUGAAACUUUAAACAAUAAUUUAAAGAAUUCUGGCUAUGAAGUCCCAACUCCCAUCCAAAUGCAAAUGAUCCCUGUUGGACUGUCAGGGAGGGAUAUUCUGGCUAGUGCUGACACGGGCUCUGGAAAAACAGCAGCUUUCCUGCUUCCUGUUAUUAUGAAGGUUUUGAAAGAGGCAGAAACGCCAUGUGCCCUUGUUUUGGCGCCGACGCGGGAGCUGGCGAUCCAGCUGGAGCGGCAGGCCAAGGAGCUGAUGGCCGGCUUGCCCAACAUGAGGACCGUGCUGCUGGUGGGCGGUCUGCCCCUGCCCCCGCAGCUGCACCGCCUCAGGCAGAGCGUGAAGGUGAUAAUAGCAACACCUGGAAGACUUCUUGAGAUUUUAAAGCAAAGUUCUGUUCAACUGCAUGGCAUAAAAAUUGUAGUGGUGGAUGAAGUGGAUACCAUGCUAAAAAUGGGUUUUCAGCAGCAAGUAUUGGAUAUUUUGGAAGACAUCUCUCAUGAUCAUCAAACCAUACUGGUGUCAGCCACAAUUCCAGUGGGCAUCGAGCACUUGGCAAAUCAGCUUCUGCACAAUUUUGUCAGAAUAGCAAUUGGAGAGAAGAAUCUACCGUGUUCCAAUGUUCGGCAAAUUAUCUUGUGGGUAGAAGAACCAUCUAAAAAGAAAAAACUGUUUGAAAUACUAAACGAUAAGAAGCUCUUCAAGCCGCCAGUGUUGGUGUUUGUGGACUGUAAACUAGGAGCAGAUCUGUUGAGUGAUGCUGUUCAUAAGAUUACAGGAUUGCAGUGUACAGCUAUGCAUUCUGAAAAGUCUCAAGUGGAAAGAACAGACAUAUUACAGGGAUUGCUUCAAGAGAAGUAUGAAGUUAUAGUAAGUACUGGAGUCCUUGGCCGAGGGCUUGACCUUGUCAAUGUCAAACUGGUGGUGAAUUUUGAUAUGCCUUCAAGUAUGGAUGAAUAUGUACACCAGGUUGGAAGAGCAGGGAGAUUGGGUCACAGUGGAACUGCAAUUACUUUUAUCAAUAACAACAGCAAGAAGCUCUUUUGGGAUGUUGUGAAGAGAGUAAAACCCACAGGCACCAUUCUUCCCCCACAGCUGCUGAAUUCCCCAUAUCUGCAUGACCAGAAGAGAAGGGAACAACAGAGACUUAAACAGUUACAGAAUAGCCUUGUAACAGGAGAUAAUAUUAUGGACAUUAUUAAAAAACACAACAAAAAUAAUUCUCAGAGGUAAUAAAGGCAUAUUUAUAGUUAUGUAAUUACAAUAAAAGUAUGGUUCAAAAUAAAUACAAAA